GGCCAAGUCGAACAGCAGUAACGUUAAGGCAGUCCGAGAGAAUGGCUCGCGACGCAGCACGCUGGAGCGUCCUGCUGGGCCGGCUGGCCCUAAUCGCGCUGGCCGUAAUCGCGCCCUACACCGCGGCCCUGUCCCGGAACGAUCUGUAUCACUACACGGGACAGGGUGCAUCCACCCUCGAGAGCGGCCCCAACGGGAUGCUGAUGUCCGCCGAGACGGCCCUGAAAACACCCAUCGCCUUCUACGACAGGAUCUACAACUCGAUAUUCGUAAAUGGGAACGGGGUUCUCUCGUUCGCCAGGGCCAUGCAAAGGUUCUUCAACAUCGCGUUCCCUCUCGAUGAUCCAGUCAUCUCGCCCCUCUACACGCACGUCGACACGAGGGGCUCGGGGACGGUUUAUUGGAGCGAAACCGAUUCUCCCGAGAUUCUUGCCAGAGCCGGAGGGCUGGUGCGAAGCGCCUUCAAGAACGCCAUCGACUUUGUACCCACACACGUCUUUCUGGCCACUUGGGUGGAUGUCGGUUAUUACAACGAGCGGAACGAUAAGGUGAACACUUAUCAAGUCGCUGUAUCAUCCAACGGCACGCAUUCCUUUGUCGAGCUGUUGUACCCGGAAAAUGGUAUACAGUGGAUACAAGGUGAAUCGCAUCCCAGCGGGCUCCCAGAUGCCAAGGCGCAGGCGGGAUUCAUGAGCGAGGGCAGAAUGUAUACCCUGAGGGGCUCGGGCACCGACCAAAUUCAGAAUGUCGACAAGUGGUCGAACAUAAAUAGGCCUGGCCACUGGCUAUUCCAAGUCGGCCCGAUCGACGAAGGAGAGAACGUGAAAUUUCCAGAUAAUAUAGAAGACACCAUGACUAUGCAUCAAGCGGCCAGCUGUAGGACCGGCGCCACCACUUGUCACAGCAAGGCGACCUGCGUCGACUACGAGAUUGGGUUCUGCUGCAGUUGCAAGCAGGGCUAUUUCGGCAAUGGGAAAUCCUGCCAGCCAAACGACGUGCCUCUUCGUGUGAUCGGACGGAUAAGCGGCACGCUCAACGGCAUUGAAUUCCCCUCGAGAGAUCUUCAGUGCUACGUGCAAACCAAAGAUGGACGAACAUACACCGCGUUAUCGAGGGUACCCGAAGAAAUUGGCGCCAGUUUCCAACUUCUUGGCAACUUGGGCGGAGUAAUCGGCUGGCUGUUCGCGAAACCUGUUAGCGACACCGAGAACGGAUACGAGCUUACAGGCGGCUUAUUCAAUCACACGGCCGAGCUGGUCUUCCCAGCGACCGGCGACAAAGUGACGAUACACAGCAAGUAUCUCGGAUUGGAUGUCUUCGGUCAGCUCAAGAUGGAAGCGGACAUCAAAGGUUCGGUGCCGUACCUGGAGCGGGACACCCGAGUAGACUAUGGCGACUAUGACGAGCUGUAUACCCGCGCCAAACCAGGAUUAAUUCGCGCACAUAGCGAACGCACUUGCAAACUCCUGCGGGGCGGCGGAGACGAACGAGAACUUACCUUCACGCAGGAUCAGGUAAUUAGUUACCAUGAGUGUCCGUACGGAAUCUUCGAUCCUGAGGACGACACGACCAGGCUUAAAUUCUCCCGAGGCAUCACGACGUACGAGGCCACCGAGAACAUCAUCCGAUUUGCCAUCAAUACCAAGAUAACGCCUCUCGAGGAGGAGGACCCGUGCAUCCAAGGACGACAGACCUGCGGCCAUCAUAGCUCUUGCGUGGUCGACGGGGACAGUUUCAAAUGUGUGUGCAACGCGGGGUAUCAAUAUCUGUACGAAGAGGAUGGCAGUGCGAUCUGCGUGGACGUGAACGAAUGCACGGCCGGUAAUCAUAUGUGUUCUCCAGACGCGCAGUGCAUUAAUCAGGAGGGCAGUCACAUGUGUCAAUGCCGAGCUGGCUUUACAGGAGACGGUCGAAUUUGCGAAAGAUUAUCGACUUGCGAAAACAUCCGCUGCGGGGAUUACGAGCAAUGCACGAUGAUCGGAGGCGCGCCUACGUGCAUCUGCAUGCCUGGUUUCGAGGACACAGAACAGGGUUGCUACCCCGCUCAGCAUGUGUCCUGCAAUGAGGAGGAGAACUGCUCGCCGUACGGACUCUGCAGUUACGAUGGAAAUAGAAAGAAGCACGUGUGCAUCUGCAUGCCCGGUUAUGUCGGCGAUGGGUAUACGUGUUACUCCGAGUCCGAUGUCGCCACGACAGACGAACCGCCACGACCGCAGUGCCUGAUUGGGGUGUGUUGGUGCCCGAGCGGCUGGGACUACCGCAACCAUACCUGCGUCAGGCAAGAGGGAGAAUACACGACGGUUGACUACAAUCGGGACUUAUCAUGCAACGUGGUGAACAGGUGUCAUCCCUACGCCCAGUGCAUCUACAUGGCGGCUACCGGCGACUACGAGUGCCGCUGCAAUCCGGGAUACGAGGGCGACGGUAUGGAAUGCAUCAAGACAGAGAUAUCCUGCUUGGAGGUGGACAUCUGCGACCCGAACGCGUCCUGCCAGCACGAGGAACCGCUGGCAAAGUGCGUGUGCAAUCCAGGAUACGAGGGCGACGGAACAACGUGCAGUCCUAUCGACGAGUGCAACGACAAUUCUGACUGCGAGGAGAACGAACGGUGCACCUACCAUCCCAUGAGCUCACGCUACGAAUGCACGUGCAAUCCUGGAUACAGCAUGGUGGACGAUCGAUGCGUGCUGUCCGAUUGCGCGACGAAUCCGUCUCAGUGCCACGUGAACGCGCAAUGCGUGCCGUUCGGCGACAGUGGCUACAAAUGCACGUGUAUAAACGGCUAUCACGGCGACGGUAUGCGGCAGUGCGUGGAAGACCACAUUGGCUGUAACGUUUUGAAUAACUGUGGUCGAAACGCAGUCUGCGGAUACAAUCAGACGUCGGCGAAUUUCGCGUGCAUCUGCCAACCGGGCUACUACGGCGAUGGGUUCACAUGUCUACCGCACACCUCGUGCAGACACGACCCGAAUCUAUGUUCCGUAGAUGCAACCUGCGUUUCGGCCGGCGAAAAUCAGUUCACCUGCGUCUGCAACGAGGGUUACACCGGCGACGGUAUACACUGUAAACCACGACCGAGGCAUGACUCCAACUUUUUGCUGGUGAACCAAGGGAUGGCCACGCUGCGGAUACCGUUUGUACCCACGCCUAUGAGCCCGGGCCACCCGAUCUACAUCGCUUACUCGCAGAUGGCGAUCGCCUUGGACAUCGAUUGUCUCGGAGGCAAAGCUUACACCAGCGAUAUUACCGGCAACAGGAUAGUCGAGUUAUCUUAUAACGGAUCGAUGGCGCAGACGUUCAUUCCGAAAGUUAGCAGUCCCGAGGGAUUGUCGAUCGAUUGGGUCUCGAGGAACAUCUUCUGGACCGAUUCCGGCAAGACGACCGUCGAGGUCGCCAGUCUCGUGACAAAGAAACGCAAAGUCCUCGUUUCCGAUGGACUGGUCAAUCCGAGGGGAAUAGCUGUUCAUCCAUACCGGGGGAAAAUAUUCUGGUCCGAUUGGAACCGCUCCUCUCCCAAACUCGAGUGGGCCAAUGAAGACGGUACGGACCGAGCAAUCUUCCUUCAGGGUGAUUACGUUAAGCUGCCGAACUCAUUAAGUAUCGAUUGGUCGACGGAUGAGCUCUGCUGGGCUGACGCCGGCACAUCCACGAUAAGCUGUAUCGAGAUUGACAGUAGGGAAGUCAACGUCGUCGCUAACGAGCUUACUUAUCCGUUCGGCUUGGCAAUUUCGCAGAAUUAUUACUACUGGACCGAUUGGAAAACACACAAGAUCGAAGUUGGCAUGAAAACCAACGGCGAGAGGCGACAGCCCCUAUCGGUCCCGCCAGGUGGAAGCGGAAAAUUGUACGGCAUCGUGGUCGUUCCCGAAUCAUGCCCGAGAGUAACCAAUGUGUGCCAGUACGACAACGGAAGGUGCAACAAGGAUCAGCUCUGUCUACCGGACGGCCAGGGCGGCAGGACGUGCGCGUGCGCGGACGACGCGACAGGACCUUGCACCGACUAUCGUUAUCCAUCUUAGAUUCGUCCACGAUCUCGCCACUGGGAGGAAAAACGGAGUCCUGCACUACGUCCGACUAACAAUACGGUAGCAGAUAAGAAAGUCUCAUACUGGAGCUCACGUCGAGCUAAAGUCGCAAGUAACUAAGCACUAGACCAAGUGUUUAAUUAGAGCUAUCAUCGACAUUGUCAAGUAACAUCUACUUUUGUAUCUAACAGCCGCGACGCGCGCGAUCCAAGUUGUACUGCGACCCGGCUUUAUUUAAUAAAAAUAAACGAAACGACAGAUGA